CCUCCCAAAUCUUCCAUUCAUUUUCAGUGGCAGGACUGUGACCAGUGUUCUGUGUGUUAAGAUUGAGACGCCUCUUUAGCCUUCUUUAUAUUUUUGUCUUUUUCCGCUGUUAAUAAUGUGAAGAUGCAAGAUAAAAACUUUUUUUCCUCAACCAUUUAUUCUGCGCAGAGUUGCAGUUGUGUUUCAGAUGGAUCUGGGGAUCCGGGACGUCCCCUGUCGUCAUGUCAGCUCAGUCUUUGCAGCUUCAGUUGGAGGAGCUUUCAAGGUGAAUCUUUUCUGUUGUAGUUUCACUUUUGGUUCCGUCUGCGGUGAUGCAUUCUGCAACUGCUUUUCUUUCCGGUCUUUGCAUGUUGUGCCAUGUUGAUCUGCCUGCUUUGUUAUUGGUUUACAUCUAACAUUCUGAGUCAUAAGACAGGUUUCUAGGCACGAAUGAAAUGACCCACUCUUCCAUGACAGCAUUAUUAUCGAGUGCUACAUUAUUGAGGACAAAGUUGCCCUUUUGAAACUGAAAACUAUUUUCUAUUCUCUGGAGUCAUUUCCUUUUUUUUUUUUUUUUCCCCCUCCUUACGUUUUUCUACCCUAACUUUAUUCCUUUGGUAAGAUGUGUUGGGCGGUUGUUGAGAGCUCUCAGAGUGGGGCGUCUCCUCGUGGAAUGUCGACACUGUGAGUGGCCAAAAUCCCCUCAGCAGUUUGAUCUGUUAGAGCCUGCUUUCCCCCUCACACGUGGGUAGUUUUACUUUCACUUGCGUGUAGUCACGUCCUGCAUCGCCUCACUGCGCCUCGCCUCAACAAUGUUUUACCUAGUUUUUGGGUUCAUUUUGUUGAGCUCCGGCCACGACUUCCUGGUCUGUUCUCAGUGCGUUCCGGGCUGUGCGGACAAGCCGCACUUCAGCACCAGCAUCCUGGCUGUGGAGCUGGGAGGGCCGGCCAACGCCAGCUGCCGGCUGUGUCGCCACGACUGCUUAAACAGCACCAUCUUCGGCCUGGAGGUGCCUGAAGGGAAGUUUGUGAAAAAUGGAACUGAACUCGCCUGGACUGUGGACAGAUUCACUCAAUGGAAAGCAAACCUCAUGUGUCACUACACUCUGAGCCACCGCAAACAGUGUUGUGCCAACCUGCCUGUGGUCUCCUAUCGGCCUCCACAGAACAUCUCCUUGUCUUUGGAAAGUGGGCCGGUGAUGGAGGGUCAGCGCGUGACUCUGCACUGCAGCGUCAGCGGUGUCGCUUUUGUCGGGUCGCUCAAUCUGACCAUCUACCGAGAGAAUGCCUUGGUUCAUCAAAUGACCCGGAAGAGUCAGACUCGGGACCGUCGGGAUUGGACUUCAGAGCACAUCUUCAACGCCAGCAAAGAGGAUCAGGCGACUCGGUUCUGGUGUGAGGCCGACCUGGGCCUGGAGGUUGGAGCAGGACAGCACUCUGUGGUGUUCCAGUCCAACACCAUCACCGCCGAGGUUUACUACAAGCCGCGGCUCAAGGGCCCUCAACAGUCCGUCACAAUUACCCUGCGUGCCGGGGACCGACUCCAACUCAACUGCUCUGCGGAGGGGAACCCGGCUCCCAACUACACCUGGACUCACCAGGCCUCUCCUCACCCGCUCUCCCACGACGGCGUCCUCUCUGUGGAGGCGGUGACUUCAGGAAGUGAGGGGCACUACGACUGCUCCGCCAGGAACGCCGCUGGGGCCACGACCUUCAGGGUCACUGUGGUUGUUCAAAAGGACUACACGUACGUCAUCAUCGGAGUGGUGCUGGGCGCCGUGGCCCUGGCCGCCGCCAUCUUCGCCGUCAUAUACACCCGCUACUACAGCCUGAACCGCACCGGGCAGUACAACCUGAUCGAUGUCUUUCAUUUCACAUGCAGCAAGACUCGUGACUGAGGA